ACAAGGUAUUGUGUCAAAAGUACGGGGCUGGAGAAGGCAGCGCGUGGAGGUGGAGCCCAGGUCUGACUCCACAAGUCGCAGACCCAGCUCAGGCUUCGGUGGAGGUGGCCGCAAGUCCGCGAUGAGAGCCCGACCUGCCGCGGGGCGCUCGCAGUCCCAGAAAUCCUGGAUUGAAGGUGUGUUCGACAAGAGAGAAUGUAACAAAAUCAUACCCAGCUCCAAAGACCCUCACAGAUGUACUGCAGGAUGCCAGGUCUGCCAGAAUUUAAUCAGGUGUUACUGUGGGCGAUUGAUUGGAGACCAUCUUGGGAUGGAUUAUAGCUGGACCAUGUCAGCUGCCAGUGGUGGUGAACAUGAACAAUGGUCUGUUGAAAAGCACACAACAAGAAGCCCUACAGAUACCUUUGGUACUAUUAAUUUCCAAGAUGGCAAGCACAUCCACCAUGCCAAGUAUAUUAGAACUUCUUAUGAUACAAAGAUGGAUCACCUGUUACAUUUGAUGUUGAAAGAGUGGAAGAUGGAAUUGCCAAAGCUGGUGAUCUCUGUCCACGGGGGCAUCCAGAACUUCAAGAUGCCCUCCAAACUCAAUGAGAUCUUCAGCCAGGGUCUGGUCAAAGCUGCGGAGACAACGGGAGCGUGGAUAAUAACUGAAGGCAUUAAUACCGGAGUGUCCAAACAUGUUGGGGAAGCCUUGAAAGCACAUUUCUCCCAGUGCUUGAGAAAAAUCUGGACAGUUGGAAUCCCUCCAUGGGGUGUCAUUGAGAACCAGAGGGAUCUUAUUGGAAAAGAUGUGGUGUGCCUGUACCAGACCCUGGGGAACCCCCUCAGCAAGCUCACCACACUCAACAGCAUGCAUUCCUACUUCAUCCUGUCCGAUGACGGGACUGUGGGCAAGUAUGGGAACGAGAUGAAGCUCAGGAGGAACCUGGAAAAGUACCUCUCUCUGCAGAAAAUACACAGCGGCUCAAGACAAGGCGUGCCCAUGGUGGGGCUGGUGGUGGAAGGAGGUCCCAAUGUCAUCCUCUCGGUGUGGGAGACCGUGAAAGACAAACACCCGGUGGUGGUGUGUGAAGGCUCUGGCAGGGCGGCCGACCUCCUGGCCUUCACCCACAAACACUUAGCAGAUGAAGGGACCCUCCGUCCUCAGGUGAAGGAAGAGAUCAUCUGCAUGAUUCAGAACACUUUCAACUUCAGUCUUAAGCAGACCAAGCACCUUUUUCAGAUUCUAAUGGAGUGCAUGGUACACAGGGAUUCUAUUAUCAUAUUUGAGGCUGAUUCUGAGGAGUUGCAAGAUCUUGACCUAGCAAUCCUAACAGCUCUGCUAAAAGGCACAAAUUUAUCAGCAUCUGAACAAUUAAAUCUGGCAAUGGCUUGGAAUAGAAUGGACAUUGCCAAGAAACAUAUCCUAAUACAUGGACAACAUUGGAAGCCUGGCUCACUGGAACAAGCAAUGUUAGAUGCUUUAGUGAUGGAUCGGGUGGAUUUUGUGAAGCUCUUAAUAGAGUAUGGAGUGAACCUCCAUCGCUUUCUUACCAUCCCUAGACUGGAAGAGCUCUAUAAUACAAAACAAGGACCUACUAAUAUGCUCUUGCAUCAACUUGUCCGAGAUGUAAAACAGCCAGCUUUUGCUCAGAGCCUUUCGCAGCCCCCUGCGCCCGGGAGAUGUGCCUCAGGAAAGAGAAAGGAAUCUGCAGAAAGCAUGCAGCAUUCCCAGUUCAUCAGAACCGCCCAGCCGUACAAACUCAAGGAAAAGCCUGUAGUCCUUCAUAAAUCAAGGAAGAAGUCAAAAGAACAAAAUAUAUCCGAUGACCCUGAGUCUACUGGCUUUAUUUACCCUUACAAUGACCUGCUGGUUUGGGCUGUGCUGAUGAAAAGGCAGAAGAUGGCCAUGUUCUUUUGGCAGCACGGAGUGGAGGCCAUGGUCAAGGCGGUGAUUGCUUAUAUACUCUACCGAGCCAUGGCCCGUGAGGCUAAGGAGAGCAACAUGGUGGAUGAUGCCUCGGAAGAGAUGAAAAAUUACUCAAAGCAGUUUGGCCAGCUUGCCUUGGACGUGCUGGAAAAGGCAUUCAAGCAGAAUGAGAGAAUGGCCAUGAAGCUGCUGACCUAUGAACUCAAGAACUGGAGCAAUUCUACUUGUUUGAAACUGGCCGUGUCCGGAGGGCUACGGCCCUUUGUUUCACACACUUGCACCCAAAUGCUACUGACGGACAUGUGGAUGGGGCGUCUGAAAAUGAGGAAGAUCUCUUGGUUAAAGAUCAUCAUAAGUAUUCUUUUGCCACCCACCAUUUUGACGUUGGAAUUUAAAAGCAAAGCGGAGAUGUCCCAUGUUCCCCAGUCCCAGGAUUUCCAGUUCACGUGGCAUAAUGGUGACCAGAACCCCAGCAGUACCAAGGAGAAUGCUUGUAUGAAAGACUGUGAUAUGGAGAGGGGCCCUGAUGAGAAGCUAGAUGAAAACCAUCACUUUGUUGUUAAGAGUGGUCCCCAGACCCUUCCCUUGACCAGGAAGGUCUAUGAGUUCUACAGCGCUCCAAUUGUCAAGUUUUGGUUUUAUACGAUGGCGUAUCUGGCGUUCCUCAUGCUGUUCACUUUCACUGUGUUGGUGGAGAUGCAGCCUCAGCCCAGUGUGCAGGAAUGGCUCGUUAUCAUUUACAUCUUCACCAACGCCAUUGAGAAAGUCAGGGAGGUCUGUAGUUCAGAACCUGAAAAGUUUACUCAAAAGGUAAAGGUAUGGAUUAGUGAGUACUGGAACCUCAUGGAAACUGUGGCUACUGGCCUGUUUUUGGUUGGUUUCGGCCUGCGGUGGGGGGACCCUCCUCUGCACACAGCGGGAAGGCUCAUCUACUGCAUUGACAUCAUAUUCUGGUUCUCACGACUUCUGGACUUCUUUGCUGUGAACCAACAUGCAGGUCCCUAUGUGACCAUGAUUGCAAAAAUGACAGCAAACAUGUUCUACAUUGUGAUCAUAAUGGCCAUAGUCCUGCUGAGCUUCGGAGUGGCACGCAAGGCCAUCCUUUCGCCCAAGGAGCCCCCGUCUUGGAGCCUCGCGCGGGACAUUGUGUUUGAGCCAUACUGGAUGAUGUACGGAGAAGUCUACGCGUCAGAAAUAGAUGUUUGUUCAAACAAGUCGUCCUGCCCUCCUGGUUCUUUUCUUACUCCGUUUCUCCAAGCUGUCUACCUCUUUGUGCAAUAUAUCAUCAUGGUGAACCUGUUAAUUGCUUUCUUCAAUAAUGUUUAUGUAGAUAUGAAAUCCAUUUCAAAUAAACUGUGGAAGUACAAUCGCUAUCGCUACAUCAUGACCUACCACGAGAAGCCAUGGCUGCCCCCACCGUUCAUCCUGCUGAGCCAUGUUGGCCUCUUCCUUCGCCAUCUUUGCCAUCAUCAAGCUCCAAGUGACCAAGAAGAGGGCGAUGUUGGAUUAAAACUCUACCUGAGUAAGGAGGAUCUGAAAAAACUUCACGAUUUCGAACAACAGUGUGUGGAAAAGUAUUUCCAUGAGAAGACGGAAGGUCUGAAUUGUAGUUGUGAGGAACGAAUCCGAGUGACAGCAGAAAGGGUUACGGAGAUGUACUUCCAACUGAAAGAAAUGAAUGAAAAGGUGUCUUUUAUAAAGGACUCCUUACUGUCUUUGGACAGCCAGGUGGGGCACCUGCAGGACCUCUCUGCCCUGACAGUGGACACCCUAAAUGUCCUUUCUGCGGUUGACACGUUACAAGAGGAUGAGGCUCUCCUGGCCAACAGAAAGCUUCCUACUUGCAGAAAGCUUCCCCACAGCUGGAGCAAUGUCAUCUGUGCAGAGGUUCUAGGCAGCAUGGAGAUGUCUGGGGAGAAGAAAUACCAGUAUUACAGCAUGCCUCCUUCUUUGCUGCGGAGCCUGGCCAGAGGCCAGCAUCCCCCAAGAGUGCAGAGGGGACCCCUUGUUGAGACUGCCGUCCGUCAUAGAGAGACUUCAAAUGUAAGAAAUGACCAGGAAGAGCAAGAAACGGGAAAUAGUAUAGUUGCUUCUUGCCUUGACGGGCAAGCCCACCCAAAGUAUGGCCACUUUCUUUUGGUCCCUUCUCAUCGAAAGCAAGUUCCUUUUUCUGCAGAAACUGACUUGCUUCUGUCCAGAUCACCUGUGGAAGUGGGUACAGGUGUGCUGGCACCUGAACAGGUCACCCAGAAUGGAGUCCCUGUUCAUCUGACUUGGCAGACCCCAGUUGUCUCAGCCCAGAGCUCAGUGGCUGAACACAAGGAGCAUACGCAUGAGCCAGUCGUUCAAAUACCAGCCAGACAAGGCAGGGGAGAGAAAGUUCUAACCACUUUGAUUUGCACACCUGCACCCAUGAAAAUGACCUUCCCUUCCCAAGCUGAGAGCGUGCAAACUGGAGGUGGAUAUGUGAACUGGGCAUUUUCGGAAGGUGAUGAAACUGGUGUGUUCAGCAUCAAUACAAAACGGCAAACCUGGUUGGCCUCCACUUGUAACAGGAACUCUAACGAGAGUGGACAAUGCCAGAGGCAGAUCCGGGGCCGAUCCCUCCCUAAUACCUCAACAGGAUGGGCCCAGCACAGUGAUUGCUCAGAGGUGGGGCCAAGACUCCAGCCAAACACAUCCCUUUGGACCAAUCCUCUCCGCAGAGACAGGCCCCUCUUUCGGAGUCAGAGUUUGAGAAUACACAAGAAGGAGAAACUGAAGGCCUGUAAGGUUACAAAUUGUUCAGGAUCUUCAGAGAUGGGGCAGUCAGCAUGGAUCAAAGCAAAAAUGCUAACCAAGGAUAGGAGGUCGUCAAAGAAAAAGAAGAAAACACAGGGACUCCAGGUGCCCGUCAUAACAAUCGAUGCCUGUUUUCAAGGUGACCAAUCAAAUGCAGAGCCAGGAGAAAGUAACAUCUCCAAAGAAGAGGAGUGCAACAGGAACCGGCUGGCAGUGUCCAAGUGUAGUCAGUUAAGUCUAGAACCUAACAUGUACCAGAAAACAAAAACUAAAGGAAUGGAGCGGCAUGCUGCACAAGUCAGUGAUUAUCUAAAGCAGUCUCCGGAGGAUCUGAGUAAAAACUCUUUGUGGAAUUCCUGGAGCACCAAACUCAAUAGGAACUCCCUGUUGAGAAGUUCAAAUGGAGUUGGCAAAAUCUCAGCCUCCUUAAAAAGCCCUCAAGAGCCUCACCAUCAUUAUUCAGCCAUUGAAAGAAACAAUUUAAUGAGGCUUUCUCAGACCAUCCCAUUUACACCCAUCCAACUGUUUGCUGGGGAAGAAGUAACUGUCUACAGGCUAGAGGAGAGUUCCCCUUUGAAUCUCGGUAAAAGCAUGUCCUCCUGGUCCAAGCGCGGGAAGACUGCGAUGAUCCAGGUGUUGUCCCGAGAGCACAUGGACGGCGGCCUCCGCAAGGCCAUAAGAGUCAUCAGCACCUGGUCUGAGGAUGACGUUCUCAAGCCGGGGCAGGUUUUCAUUGUGAAGUCCUUCCUUCCUGAGGUUGUGCAGACUUGGCACAAAAUCUUCCAGGAGAGCACUGUGCUGCAUCUCUGCCUCAGGGAAAUUCAACAACAAAGAGCUGCUCAAAAACUAAUCUAUACCUUCAACCAAGUGAAACCACAAACCAUUCCCUUUGCACCAAGGUUCCUGGAAGUUUUCUUAAUCUACUGGUAUUCCGCCAACCAAUGGUUCACCAUUGAGAAGUACAUGAUGGGGGAGUUCCAGAAGUACAACAACAACAACGGCGAUGAAAUUGCCCCCAGCAACACCUUGGAGGAGCUGAUGUUGGCUUUCUCUCACUGGACCUAUGAGUAUACUCGGGGAGAACUGCUGGUUUUAGAUUUGCAAGGUGUUGGAGAAAAUCUGACAGAUCCAUCUGUUAUAAAACCUGAAGACAAACAAUCCAGAGGAAUGGUGUUUGGACCAGCCAACUUAGGGGAAGAUGCAAUUAGAAACUUCAUUGCAAAACAUCGUUGCAACGCCUGCUGCCGGAAGCUCAAACUCCCGGAUCUAAAAAGGAACGACUAUUCCCCUGGAAGGAUAAAUCCCACCCUUGGACUUGAAAGCAAAGUAGAACCAGGUGAGGGGCCUCCAGCAAUGAGAAGGGGUGGUGAUCCUUCGGAAGACCUCACUCGAUUGUAAAAGGGGGAGAAGAUGACGCCCCUGCCCUCCCUGCGUGAACUGACUCCAUGGUAACAGAGGUUGAUUGACGUAACGCUGAUUACAUCAGAGCUGUCAAACUGGCCCUGCCCUGAGGGACAUGCCUCCUGGGACAUGCUUCCUGAGCCUCAUGUCUCCUUUUGCCUAAAGACCUCAUUUGUGUGUGAAGAAUGGGUUCUCCUAGAUGUUGACCUGCGUGCAGGAUGCUUCGUCUGUCAUCCUCAAGUUCCAUGGGAAGACACCUGGAGGAGCCAGCUGGUCUCUGAGAUCCCUUGGAGCAGAAUGCUGGCAGUAAAGAGUCAGGGAGACAAAUAUAAUUUAUUUUCUCACUAUGCAUGCACACUGUAACCCCCACUGCUGUUCAUCACCUCACCCACAUAUUGUAUUUCUGUAGAUAGAUGUACAUAAAAACGUUAUUGAACUUCCUCCCUUCUCCUCUCCCAGAGCGUGGGGCUUUGAACAACAACAAUAAGGAACACCACGGAAUGAGGGUGUAUUUGCACAGAUUGAAGCACAUGCCUUCACUGCCCAACCAGCGAAAAGUUAGUGUUCUGGUGAAGUCUUGAUGGGUGGAGGUAUUGUCAGGGAAUCACAUGAUGCCUGGGCAUUUCAGGUUUCUUUGAAAGAAGGGGAAAGGGAAAUAAAUGCCCUUGGAUCAUUUUUCUUUUUUUAAGGGGAAUGGGAUAUGCAAAACUAGAUAUUAUUAAGAAAUGUUUUCCCUUCCCUUAAGCUCAGGGUUACUAUUAGUUAGAGAGUUGACGAAGCCAGCCUCUAAAACACCACUCCCUUUUCUAAAGCUGUAUAUAUAAUAUUAAAGGUUAACUUACUCUCCGUUACAGGGAAAGAUGGGUUUCCUAUGGGGAAAGAUCCUAUGAGGGAAGAUGGGUUUCUGAUGGAAAAUAUGCUUUGAGAUGUUUGCUUCACUCCAGUGUAGAGUUCCGGUGGCUUAAUGAGUGCUGGGUGUAUUUUAAGGCUGGCCUGAGAACACGUCAUCAUUUCGGAGGCCUGAGGGAAGGGUCCUUGGAAGCUAUACCUUAUAGCACAUUUGGGGGAUCAGUCAUUUCCCUUCUGCACUGUCAGGGUUGCCCUACCUCAGAACAAGCAUGAGCCUUUCACACAAGGAGGAGACAAAGGCUGGGAUCCUCUCUCCUCUCUCCGCUGCGUGUCCUUUUCCUUUUUAUAGAGUGUUCCAACCAACCAGCCACAAACCUCAGUUUGAGAAAAGUCACCUUAAUCAUUAGGCCUUACAAUGGCCAGCUUGCUUUUUAGAUCAACACUCCUGCAUUCUUAGGUUAUCCUUCGGGGGAAACCGUGCCCAGGCAUAGGGGAAUUAUAGCCAAAGAUUUAGUUUGCCAAGGAUCAUGUCUGAUUCUUGUAAGUGUGAGUUGCACAAGGGCUAAUUUAUAUCCAUAUUAUUUUUAUCUUGGGGGUGACGGGAGGCAGGAAAUUGGGUGAUUUCUUGAUUGGCAGUAGGGAUAAAGUGUUAAUGCCCUUUUCAGGGCUUAACUGCUUUAUCCUAUUCUGCAAAUCAACAGGGAUCUAUUGGUACUCAGUUCAGUGCUGUGUUCAACUAUGGAAAGGGGUAGUUUGCCUGUCCAAGGGCCAGAGUAAAGGCAUUGAUUCAGUGUCAGCUGUUUGUUACUUGGAAUGGAACUUGAAAACAAAUACAUUUUUAUUUCAAAUUUUUGUGUUGUGCUUUUUCCUUUUCUUUU